AUAUUUUGCUGACUACCCGUGAAAUACCACACCGUCGGGUUCAGUUUUGAAAGAGACUGACAUUUUCCCAUUAAAAGUGCAAACGUAAAGAUAAAAUCUGAGAUGCGUAAGGAAAAAUUAUUUACCAGAACUUUUACCUGACUGCCAUUACAGUUCUACUGUACUAUCUCUCUAUUGAAGCCAAAUAUCCAUUUUGCAGUUGUGUUGCGUUCUGAGGUGCAAGAAGGCACUUGCCGUAAGUAGAGGUAAAUCGUAUGCAUCACAUGUAAAGUGAAAGUACAGUGUUACGGGUAGUGUAUGUGUUAGCCCAACCUCCUUCUUUACAUAGACAUAGCUGCGUUUACCUGAGAUCAAAACCUGUGCGAAGCGCACCUGGACGGACUCACAGACACCUGAAUUUAGGAGUUUUACAGGAUACCGUUUUUAGAAGCAGGACGUGACUGGGAGAUUUAUGAUCUGAUUUAUGAAGUGAUCUACUCCCCGAGCUGAAUUUCGUGUCUUGAUUUUACUUUUAAUGGUUGCUAUGAUCCGGACCUGAUCCGUCACAUCAUGUCCAAAUCGACAGAUCAGUUUGACAGCUCAGAUUGCGUGUGUUCUUUCGGGAUGAAGUUGACCUGGGAUAUAAAUGACCCUAAACUACCACAGGACACGAAGCAGUAUGACGCGUUCCAAGAGUGGACGGAUGGAUAUGUGCGUUAUAUCUACAGUAGUGAAGAUAAGAAUGCGCAGAGACAUCUGAGCGGAUGGGCCAUGAGGAACACUAACAAUCACAACUGUCAGAUCCUAAAGAAGUCCUGUCUCGGUGUGGUGGUGUGUUCGCGGAACUGUUCUCUUCCAGAUGGUAGCAAACUUCAGCUGAGACCGGCCAUCUGUGACAAAGCACGACAGAAACAACAGAAAAAGCUUUGUCCAAACUGUAACUCAGCUCUGGAGUUGAUUCCAUGCCGAGGUCACAGUGGAUAUCCAGUUACUAACUUUUGGAGAGUAGACGGGAAGGCAAUUUUUUUCCAGGCUAAAGGAGUCCAUGACCACCCCAGACCAGAGAGUAAAUCUGAAACAGAGGCAAGAAGAAGCGCAGUGAAAAGAAGAAUGUCGUCACCUCAUUUCUCACAGAAAAGAAGACUGGUGGAGCCAGAGCCUGGGCGCUACCAUGACAUGGCUUUUCCAAAUAUCCACCAGCUCACUAUGGAGGGCCCAGAACGCUUCAGCAUUAUUGCAGAGUCCAACUUCCCAAUCCAGACCCAACACUACCCUCCAUUCCAGAACCCUGAGCCCUACAAAUUCUCUUACGAGACCCACCCUGCAGCGCCUAUGCCGGAUACCCCAAGUUCAAUACAGAAGCCUUCCAACCACCGUCUAUAUAUGACUCGCCCCCCUGGUUAUGAUUUUGCAGUCCCAGGGUACCUAGGCUCAGCCCCUUAUCCAACACCAUUGUACAAGGACCCUGCUAGCCCACAAACAGAAAUUGAACCUAGUAAAUCUGGGCCAAAUCUAAGUGGAGUGUCUCAUGGCACAAGUCCUUUAGGUAACCAUGAGCGAAGCUUUGCCGACACCAAUGGAAAACACCACGGUUGGAAGCAGAUUUUUAGUAAAGGUGCCUAUGGGGAGCGAGGUGACUACACCCAGCUGCCAACCAACGCUAAUCACCACUACUACAACAGCGACUACCCAUGUAGGUACACAGGACCGACCCCUGCUACCCCAGCAGCGCUGCAGACCAUUAUUACCACUACAACAAAAGUUUCCUAUCAGCCAUGCCCCAAGCCAUCUGUUGUCAAGUAUGGAGAGAACAUCUAUGACAUGAAAGGCAUUUCUAACUGUAACUCGCUUUUAGAAGAGGUCUCUCCAACCUCUUACUCUGACCUGAAGGUUCCUGAGGAUUCAGGAGUGAUAAAAUCUGCCCUGUCAUACCAGGACAAUAUCCCAUCUAAAAUUGAGAGGGCUGAAAACUUUGAGGGCUAUCGCUACAGCAGCUACAGCUCAAACAGUUACCCUGAACGUAUGUCACAUCCAUUCAGAUACGACAGCGGGGAUUACUAAUUGACUGCAAAGACAGACUGCUAAGCAAGGUACUGAAACACCCUGGCAAGAUGUUUCAGACUUUAUAUAAAGAAUGUGUUGUUAUUUAUAUUCAGUAUUUCAGCUGUUCAAAUGUCUUUAGACUUAAAAGUGAUUGAAUACUGGGUGGAGUUUGAUGUAAACCUUUGAUCAUAUUGAUGAAAAAUCAGUGUUGAGUACAUUUCCAAAAAAUGAGUAGUGUGUUUUAAAGUAAUUGAUUAAUAACUAGCUGUUGUCUAGUUACGAUUUCAAGAAACGAGUGUGUCAAAUAAGCAUUUAGAUAAGUUAGAUAACUGUUUUUUAUAGUUUUUGUUUUUGUUUUAUUAGUUUUUUUGAUGUUCAUUAAAAAUAAAUAAAAAUAAACAAAAGCAUGUGCUACAUUUAUUCUAGAAAAGAUAUUUUGUCAUCAAAUUUAAUAGGAGACUUUAUGAUCAUACUGCAGUCACAAAUCAAUAUUACAAAUGACAAAAUCCAAAUUUCUUAGUAGACAUGCAGGCCCCCAACAAUCAAAAAUACCUCUGUUUGUGUAGCAUGUCCUAAUAGGAAGUCUAAAUCAUGACAUAAAAGCAUAUAAUCAUGGGCUUUGUAACAAAGCUUUUAAGACAUCAGAGAAAAUGAGAGACACUUCUCAAGCCUACACAAGGAUUUUCUGCUGUCAGAAUGGAUCAAGGAUAAUCACAGAGAAUUAAUCAGCUGGUUUUUCAUCAUAUUGCUUGAGAUGUCCUGACAGGCUUCAGACCUCCAACAACUCAACUAGACAGACAGGACAAUAUACAAUGAAACAGACUGAUAAAAUAUCUGACAGCAUAAGAGUCAAGCAACAACAAAACGACCAACAGAAAUGCAAAAGAAAAUGUAAUAUGAUGGUAAAGAGAGGCAGUGUUUGAGGCGGCUGUAAUACCUGCUGCUGACAGAAUCUCUCCUCACAGCCACUUUGUAACAGACAAAAACAGGAAUGAACUAACACACACACACUUAAGAUUUUGUUCAGAUGUUCUGGUUAGCCCACACAAUUGACCUUUCCACCAGAAAUGGCUAUUUAGUCUGUUUAUUGUUUAAUUAAUUGAUGAGUGUUUGUCUGUUUAUUUGCAUUAUGAAAGAAAUAUGUAUAAAAAUGAACUUACACUAAAACAAUAUUCCUACUGUAAUGGUUCUUUGACCUGCAGUGACAUUUACCAACCUCCUUUUAAAUUUUCUGA